AUGGCAGAUCGAAAGUCCAUGGAUGAGGUAACCCUCGAAAAGGAGAAAGCCCCCUGGGCUGAAGUCGAGCAUCUCGAAUCUCGCAUGCGUGCUGGGCUGAGCCGUGAGGAUGCUGAAUUCCUGCACGAGUGGGAUGAGGAUCCCAAGAGACAGGCCCACGUCUUCCACAAAGUCGACUGGAGGCUCUGUCCCAUGCUGGCUGUCCUCUACUUGAUCAGCCAUCUCGACCGCGCGAACAUCGGCAAUGCGAAGAUCGAAGGCCUUGAAGCCUCCCUCGGUAUGACGGGCACCGACUACAACGUGGCACUGGCCAUUUUCUUCGUCCCAUACGUCUUGUGCGAAGUUCCAUCAAAUAUGCUCCUGGCGAAAUUCGAACGGCCGUCAGUCUACAUCGGCAUCCUGAUCUUCUGCUGGGGCACAGUGAUGACGCUCUCUGGAGUGGUUCAGAACUUCGGCGGCUUGGUAGCCACGCGGUUCUUCUUGGGUCUCUUUGAAGCCGGCUUCUUUCCAGGUGCCAUCUACCUGGUUGGCCAAUGGUACCCUCCAAACCGCACACAAUUCCGCAUGUCGCUUUUCUAUUGCGCAUCUGCUUGCUCCGGUGCCUUCUCUGGCCUCCUAGCCGCGGGCAUCGCACGCAUGGAUGGCCUCGGCUGGCGCUGGAUCUUCAUCAUCGAAGGCCUCGCCACAGUUGUGAUGGCCGUCAUCUGUUACUUCUUCCUCCCAGACUCUCCAGGCCUGGCGGCCGGGAGAUGGCUGACCGAAGACGAAGCCCGGUUCCUGCAACUCACCCACAUCUUCACACGCGGCAUGCAGAAGAAGCCCGCCGUCGACGAGACCACCGGAAAGACCAAGUUCCAGUGGGCCGCACUCUGGCAGGUACUUACUGACUGGCAGCUGUACCUUCAGGCGCUGGUUUUCAUGAGCAAUGGCACUGUCCCCAACUACGGUCUCAAAUUCACCAUGCCUCAAAUCAUCCGCAACAUGGGCUACACCUCGACGCGCGCCCAACUCCUCACCGCACCGCCCUACUUCUGCGGCGCCAUCUCCGCCCUCGUCUCCUCCCUACUAGCCGACCGCUUCACCUGGCGCAUGCCCUUCAUCGUGAGCGCACAAUGCCUGCUCGUCAUCGCCUUCAGCGUCCUCUUCGCCAAAGCCGAGAACAUCGCCGACAACGUCCCGCUAUGCUACUUCAUGGUCUUCGUGGCUUGCACGGGCAUCUACCCUAUCCUCCCCGGCUGCAACGCCUGGACGAUCAACAACCUCGCCGGCCCCGCCAAGCGCGCCAUGGGCAUCGCCUUCAUGAUCUGCGUCGGCAACACCGGCGGCAUCGUCGGCUCCUUCAUCUACCUGCAGCGUGAAUCCCCCAAAUACCCCACCGGCUUCGGCACCUCCUUCGCCUUUGCGAGCGCCGGCAUCAUCAGUGCGCUGACGCUCGAGUUUGCAUUCUGGCGCAUCAAUAAAAAGAAUGAGCAGUUCACCGAAGAGGAGAUCAGGCGGAAGUAUACCGAGGCGCAGCUGGAGAAGAUGGGGGAUCGGAGUCCGUUGUUUAAGUAUUCUUUGUAG